GUCAACGCGACCCAUUGCCACCUGGCCCAGACGCGCCCCAGGGUCUAUGUGAUCGGCAUUCGCAGCUGGAUCCUGGAUGCUGCAGAUACGGCAUUCGCGGAGCGUCCGCAGAAGUGCCAGCCGCCGCCCCUGCACCUGUUCAUCGACGAGACGCCCGAUUGGGCUUCUGGCGUAUCGCGCUUGACAGAGAAGCAGCAGGAGAACAUGGAGGGCUACAUCGCGCUGCUGGGGGAAAAGAAGCAAUGGCCAGAGCACCGCGGGGCAAAGUUCGCCACCGUGGACAUUGACCGGGCCCUCGAUAAAGCGUUCCAGGGGUGCCGCUUGAGCGGCGUCGAGCCCAGGAGCAUCAGUUCGAGUCACGGCAAGAAGACUGUGAUCAAGGCUUUGGGCAACAUGAUGCCAGUGGACGCGAUUGGCAGGGUGUUGAACCAGAUCCUCUUGGUGAUCGAGAAAUGGGAGAACGCCCUGUCCGCGCUGCCUACGCGGUUCCCGUUCACCAUCGAGCACACGGCCGCCUUCAGCCAGUUCGGCGUGGUGCCCGACUACGGCGAGGCCGACGAUGUCGCCAUGAUCCUCGGGGGCGGCAUCGCGUUGUCCGACGCUGAGAAGAGCGAGGAGGAGGGCGAGCCCGUCUGCAAGAAGCGCCGCGCGGACCCAGAGGCCGCGGAGGGCCAGGGGGGCAGCUCUGGCAGCCAGGGCCCGGCGCUUGGCGACGCG